AUGACGACUCGAGUUGCCUCCUUGGCAGCCGUUGGCCUCUCGGCUUCGGCCAUUCUCUUGGCUCUCUUUGCUGUCAACCAAAUCUUCAAUGAUAUUUACGAUAUCCGUGCUGAGCUUGACUCGGAGAUGGACGCCUUCAAGGUGCAAGCUGAUUCGCUCUGGCGUGAUUUGAGCCGUAUGCCUCGUAAGAAGCGUCAAGCUUACGGAGGAUAUGGAGGAGCCGGAGCACCACCACCAAGCUUCCCAUCAGGCGGUGAUCAAGGAUACGGACCUGGAGGAUCUGGUGGACCAAACUUCGGUGGACCAAAUGGACCGGCUGGACCAGAAGGACGUGUUCCUGGACAAGUUGGAGUUCCUCCAAGCAUCAACCAGUUCAAUCAUGAUGGAAGCCCAGCGGCCACUCCUGAGAACCAAGGAAAGUGCAAUUGUCAAGCGGACAACAAAUGCCCUGCUGGACCUUCCGGACCCAAGGGAGAGAAGGGACAUGAUGGACCAGAUGGUCUUCCUGGAAUCCCUGGAGUUGACGGACAAGAUGCUGAGGAUCAAAAGGCUCAGACCCAACAACUUGAUGGAUGCUUCACUUGCCCACAAGGACCUCAAGGACCACCUGGACCUACUGGAAAACCUGGACCACGAGGAAUGCGCGGAGCCCGUGGACAGGCUGCGAUGCCUGGACGUGAUGGACAACCAGGAUUCCCCGGAUCGAUCGGACCAAAUGGACCACCUGGACCACAAGGAGAGGAAGGACCUCAAGGAGAGCCUGGACUCGACACCGAGCACCAGAUCGGACUCCCCGGACUCAAGGGAGAGGCUGGACCCACUGGAGAACAAGGAGAACAGGGAGAGCAAGGAGACACGGGAGCUCCUGGACCACAAGGAACCCCUGGAGAGCGCGGACCUCGUGGGCCAAAGGGAGAGGAUGGAGCUGCUGGACAGGCUGGAGAGCCUGGAGAGGAGGGAGAACCAGGAAAGGACGCCGAGUAUUGUCCCUGUCCUCGUCGCGGACAAGCGAGCCCCGUACUCUCAGGAUCGUACUCUCAGGGAGAGGCUGCUGGUGGAUCGCAAGGAUAU